AUGAAGGUUACGGGUGUCCAUUCCACACUUAUAGCUAUAAUUGUCCUCUUUGAUGUCUUUAGAUAUGUUAAGAGCGAACCUUCUUGUGAUAAAUUAGUUGGACCGCUCAACAACUGUCAUUGUCGGUACAGCGAUGGGAGAGACCCACCAACUUAUCGGGACAUUGACUUUAGCCCACUCGGCAGAAAUGAUGGCAAACCAGCGUUUGCCUACAAAGAGAAUCCAAACGAUGAUUACAAGUAUGCAUAUAACCCAUGUCAUCCAUUCAAAGAUGAGUUCUGUACCACCAAUACAGCGGCAUGUCAAGUGUCAAAGGAUGAAACGGUUUCUUGGCCAAUAGGUGACCCGGAUGUAGUUGCCUUUGAAGUGAGAGAUUCUGACAUAGUAUUAACGUAUGCAGAAGUUGCAGGAAGAUUGGCAGUUGUUCAUUUUCAUUGUGAUAAGAAGGCAUUGUCAAGGGCAACAUACAGACCACUUGGUGAACAGGCAGAAGGAUAUCAUUUUGACAUCAGUACAUGCCUUGCAUGUUUAGAAGACAUACCAAACUGCUAUUCUGAUAAAGGUGGCAUUACACCUGGAGCAAUCUUAUGUAUCGUUUUUGCAGUACUUGUCCUUGUCUACCUCAUUGGUGGUAUGUUGUUCCAAAAGUUUGGUCGAGGUGCAACGGGUAAAGAACUGAUUCCAAACUAUACAUUCUGGUCUGAUCUUCCUGCUUUGAUCAAGGAUGGAUUCAUGUAUCCUAUAAACUCAUGCAGAAGAAGAAGCAGCAGUAGAUCUAACUAUGAAACGUUCGACUGAAGAAUAAGCGGCUUGACUCAUGGAAUUGGUGCAAUCGACGAGACAACAUCCAGCUUUCAGAGUAGACACUCAUCAUCAUCAUCAC